AUGCGGGGCAGAUCCACGCGUAUCACUGUCAGUGUCAUCCGCCCCGAGGCGGAUUCUGACAUCAUCAGCCUAGAAGUCGGUGGAGAUAUGACUAUUGAGCUCCUCAAAGCCAUCAUCCAGAGUGAAACCUCCAUCCCACCCGAAGCCCAACAGCUCGUCUACAACAACCAACUCCUCCAGAACUCUGCACAAACCCUAGACCAAGUCGGUAUCGGAGAGGGUGACAUGCUAGGCGUUCACGUCAACUUCCGCACAGGUCCACCACAGCUACCCCCACGCUCCGGCCCCAGCGCACCACGACAGAACCAGAUCGCACCACGCCCCGGCAUGCCCGAUCCCGAAACCAUUCGUCUACAUAUCCUUGGGGAUCCGCGCGUGCGGGAGGCCGUUCGUCGACAGAACCCCGAGCUGGCCGAGGCAGCAGAUGAUGCACAGCGGUUCCGGGAGGUGUUGGUAUCGCAGCAGCAGCGGGAGGCGCGACAGGAAGCGGAGAAGGAGGCGAGGAUUGCAAUGUUGAAUGCUGAUCCUUUUAACCCGGAGAACCAACGGGAGAUUGAAGAGAUUAUUCGACAGAAUGCUGUGACGGAGAAUUUACACAAUGCUAUGGAGCAUCAUCCUGAAUCUUUCGGUCGCGUGACUAUGCUCUACAUCCCCGUCGAAGUCAACGGUCACCGACUAAACGCCUUUGUUGACUCCGGCGCACAAGUAACCAUCAUGUCGCCCGAGUGUGCAGUCUCCUGCAAUAUCAUGCGGCUGGUCGAUCGACGCUACGGCGGUAUCGCCAAGGGUGUAGGAACUGCCCCGAUCCUGGGACGAGUGCACUCGGCCCAGAUCAAGAUCGGAGAUAUGUUCCUGCCCUGCUCGUUUACAGUCAUGGAAGGCAAACAGAUUGACCUGUUGCUGGGCCUGGAUAUGCUACGACGACACCAGGCGUGUAUUGAUCUCCAGCGCGGGGCUUUGGUGAUUCAAAACCAGGCGGUGCCGUUCCUCGGUGAGGCGGAUAUUCCGAAGCAUCUGACCGAGGAAUUCGAGGACGAGCCCACUGUGAAGGGAUCCGAUGGGGCAGAGGUGGGUGCUCGUACGGGAGCGGUGACGCACCAGGCGAGCCGACCGCAGGGAUCGAGUGCACCGCCUACACCGGCCCGGCCACCACCCACCUCGCGAUGGCCACAGGACUCGAUUGCUAAGAUCACGGAGCUGGGAUUCUCGCGGGACGAGGCAGAGCGGGCACUGGAAGCCGCGAACGGGGAUUUGGAUGGAGCCAUUGGAUUCUUGAUCUAA